CUAUGUUGUCAUUUCAUUAGUGUUUUGUCAGUAAAUCUGUCAUACAUAACCUGUGUUUUUAAUAGUGUGUUAGUUUUAGAAAAACAAUAUAUUAUAUUAUUGGUACAUUUGCUUAUUUAGGAGUCUUAAAAACUUGUUUACUUUUCUAUUUGCAAAAAGAAUUUAGUCAUGGAGAAUAUGAAUUGUAAUUACAUCGCACCAACGUGUACGAAUGUUCCUGCCGACAUUGCUAAAAAUAGUACAAUUGUAGAAGAGGGACCAAGGAUUUGUCCUCUAUGCAACGCUCUAGUGAGAUUGUACUACGUGCACUACACAGCUAAAUUAUUUAUGUGUGAAAACAUUGAAUGCGAGUAUCCAUUUGGUGGUGACUUUACAGUCUAUUCCAGUGAUGAUGAUGAUUUCUUUAUGUCAGAGUUUGAUAGUUCCAGUUUGAAGCGUAAGAGAGGCAGUACCGCUACACAAUCUAUAGCGCAGACAACAACAGGUACUUCAACUGUCGGUACAAGUUCGGAGCUCUCAACUUCAGAAUGGUCCGACAUAAACAGAAUAAACCAAGCAUAUGAUUCAGAUGACAGUACGACAUUGUCAAAAAUAAUCACCAAAAAAUCAAACAAACGUAAAACAGAUAAAAAUGUUAAAAAACAAGAGAAUGAAGAGAUGAUAAAACAGAAUGUUGAAAAGAUAAAGGAACUUAAUAAAGUGUUGUUUGAUAAUGAUGAUGACUUAGAAAUUAUACGUAACGAGAAAUGGAUUAAAAACUUAUCAUCAAUGCAAUCUUCGACUGGAGCCAAGUUGGUUACGGAACAAGAACUACUAAAGUUAAAGAAGAUUGAGCAAAAACGUGUCCAAGAAUUAAAAAUUGAUAUUGAAGCGUCAACCGAUUCAAUGUCUUCUAUUAAAAUUGAAAUUGGUGGUUUGGGAACAAACAAAAACACUUAAAUCUCUCGAUAGUGUCUUUAUGAGAAUUAGGAAAGGUUUAUUUUUUUUGUCGAAAAUACGGUACAUAUUGAAAUAUGUAUUGUAUGAGGCUUAUAACCAGAUUUUUAUUUUUAUUGAUCUUUUGCCGUCGUCAGGCAUUUGCAUACUAUAGUACAAAUUAUCCAAUUUGGCAGAAUUUUUGUUCCUUGAAUAGGAGUCUUGUUUAGGUAUGUUCUGUGGUGCUAAUAGGCCAAAAAGCAAUGGAAAAAUGUAUUAUUGUUUUUCUGGUUGUAUGUUUUAUUAUUAUUUAACAUUAUGUAACUCUGACAGG